AUGUGUUCCUCGGAUCAAGGCCAGUGGGGUCGAUGUAUUGGUGAAGAUUGUGGUCCAAAUGGAGUACAAAGUAGAACAGUGUGGUGUGUCCACAUUGAAGGCUGGACAACACACCAUUCCCACUGUAAGUAUGAAGAGAGACCAGAAAUUCAGAGAGACUGUUUCAAGGUGUGUGACUGGCAUCAGGAACUUUUUGAGUGGGAAUUCUCAAAAUGGGGAGAUUGUACACUUCAUAUUGCUUCAAAUAAAGUUGAACCAAGGACCUCCAAUUGUGUCACUGCCCAGCAGGGAUUGCAGCAUAGGAAAGUAUACUGCAUACGAAAAUCCAACCGAUCGGUGGUGUUAGACGAGAUUUGUGAAUUCUUUACACCUAAGCCUGCCUCGGACCAAGCCUGCCUCAUUCCCUGCCCACAAGACUGUGUUGUGUCGGAGUUCUCUAUUUGGUCAGCCUGCAGCAAAGGUUGUGGGAAAGGAUUACAACACCGUGUUCGUUCUGUAUUAUCACCACCCUUGUAUGGUGGUAAUACCUGCCCGUCUCUAACGGAAACUAGAAGCUGUGAUAUACAGAUCUCCUGUUUGGUUGGGGAGGAUGAGUUUCAGUACAGUCUAAAAGUAGGUCCCUGGAGUGACUGCAGACUGCCACAUCAAAGACAAAUCUGGCAAAAUGGCAACACAGUGCUGAACUUUAGUUUGCAAUCGUCAGGAAAGAAACAUGCGAAGCAUCCAAUGCACCAGCAUUCCAAGGCAUGGGAUGUAGAAAUAGGAUAUCAAACAAGACAUGUACAUUGUGUGAGAAGCGAUGGAAGGAACGCCAUGCUAAGCCUUUGUAUUCGUGGUGACACCCCUGCAAUCUUUCAAUCAUGUGUUAUGCCUCGUGAUUGUGACUUUUCUGAAUGGUCUGAAUGGAGUUCAUGCACCAAGACUUGUCGAUCGUCUGACUAUUCUCCAGGGUAUAGAAGCAGGAUUCGAUUCAUAAAGUGUGUGGCUAUAGGUGGCGGCAAAGAUUGUCCCAACCUCGAGGAAAAAGAAACUUGUAAUAUUGGAGGAGAAAGAUUACCACCAUGUCAGAGGUAUGUUUGGAAAACCACUGAAUGGAAUGAGUGCCAGGUGAAGCCUCUACUCAGUCAGCAAGACCAGCGCAGAAGCAAUGAAUCAACCUUGUGUGGAGGUGGCAUUCAGACACGAGAGGUUUAUUGUGCACAGAAAACAGGGGAAGUUAACAAACAACAUUUAAAAGAAGUGUUCAGACCAGUGGAUCACAGCCUAUGCACAGGAUCAAUCCCAGUUACUUCACAGCUUUGCACCAUUGCCUGUGCUACUGACUGCUCAGUUUCAGCCUGGUCAGCAUGGAGACCCUGCAUCCCUGAGAGCUGCCAGGAUCCUCAACGGACUAAAGGUUUUAAGAUGAGAAGACGCCAUAUAGUCAGAGAGCCCACUGGAAAUGCUGGCAGCUGCCCACAUCUUGUAGAAGCCAUUCAUUGUGAGGAGCCAGUCUGUUAUCAUUGGCAUGUGCUUGAAGAGAGCCUCUGUGUGACUGAAAAUAAUCAAACAUGUGGUCGAGGUACCUACAACCAAACAAUAUUGUGCCAGAAUAACCAAGGGGAGAUAACAUCAGAUGAGCUAUGUGGAAAACCCUAUCUUCCUAGGCAUGGUACCUGCAAAGUGCCCUGUCCAUCUGACUGUGUUCUUAGUGAAUGGUCAGAGUGGUCAGUUUGUUCACGCUCAUGUUCCAGCAAAAAUGCAGAGGGCAAGCAAAGCAGAUCCAGAUAUAUUAUAGCUUUAGCUGGAGACGGUGGAAAUCCUUGUCCUGGUAGCCAUGCUUUGCAAGAAUGGCGAUCUUGUAACGAGCAUAGCUGCAUGGUAUUCUAUUGGGAUACAUCACCAUGGUGUCCUUGCAGAGAAGACACAGCAGUAAUGUCUCUCAAUGCUACAAUCAGUUGGAAUAAUGAAGCCACGUGUUCUGUGGGCAUACAGACUCGACGGGUGCUUUGCAUGAAAAGCAAAUUUGGACAUGUUACUCCCAAAAGGUGUCCUGAAAAUACCAGGCCUGAUACAGUUCGACCAUGUCUAUUACCAUGUAAAAAGGACUGCGUUGUCACCCCUUUCAGUGAAUGGACACCUUGCCCUACUCUAUGUCAACAAGGUAACUCUUCCUUUGUCAAACAGUCUCGCUACAGAAUAAUCAUUCAGAAGCCUAACAAUGGAGGACAGGAGUGUCCAGAUACUCUGUAUGAAGAAAGAGAAUGUGAAGCACGUCCUCCUUGUCCAAUUUAUAGGUGGAAGACUCAUAAGUGGCAUCACUGUAUCUUGGCACCUGAUUAUGUCAGACAAGGAACAAUUGGAGCAACUGAGGCCUGUGGUUCUGGUUUGCAAACCAGAGGUGUGACCUGUAGAACAGGUAAUGAUCAAAAUGUGGACUUUAUUGGAUGCUUGAAGUGGGCAAGACCAAUGCCUGCACUUGUGCAGAAAUGUCGCAUUCCUUGCCAUGAUGAUUGCAUGUUCACAAACUGGAACAAGUUCACACCCUGUGUAGGAGGAUGUGGAUCAACGCAUAGUCGGAGAAGAUCGCUGAUAGGAAAAAACAAGAAGAAAGAGAAGUGUCUCAAGGAGCCAUUAGUUGAGACCAGGUCUUGUCCAUGUGACAAAUAUUUCAGCCAGCCACAAGGGAAUUGGUCAGAUUGCAUUCUUCCUGAAAACAAGGUGACACCUCAACUUGGCAUGAAGGUACAAGGAGAUGUCAAAGACUGUGGGAAGGGUGUGCAUUAUCGAGCCAUAGCCUGCUAUGACCAAGAUAAGAAGUUGGUGAAUCCUUGGCUUUGUAGCAAUUCUGGGUAUAUUGAAGAGACUUGCAAUUUGCCAUGUCCAUCUGACUGUAAGUUAAGUGAAUGGUCAAACUGGUCAGCGUGUAGCAAAUCCUGUGGAAGUGGAAUACAGAUCAGAUCCAAAUGGCUGCGGGAGAAGUCAUACAAUGGUGGCCGCCCCUGCCUUAAGCUUGAUGUGAAGAAUCAGGUGUAUGACAGAGUUCCCUGUUACAGAGAUUGCAGUAAAUAUAGCUGGAUGGCCGAACCAUGGUCUGAUUGCAGAAUUAAUAAAGAGUCAAUGCGUAAAUGUGGAAAAGGUGUUCAAACUCGAAAAGUGAGGUGUGUGAAUAACACAGUUGCUGGGCCUCAAGAGAGUGUGGAUGAUGCAUUGUGUGAUUAUGAUGAGAUGCCCAUUGGAGCUCGGGAAUGUGCUCUCCACUGUCCAAAUAACUGUGUAAUGUCUGAUUGGGGCGACUGGAGUACUUGUCCAAAAGAGUGUAACAUCUUGAACGUUCGUGUUCGAACCCGGUAUCCUCUACGUCUACCAGCAGAUGGGAAAACCUGCCCCAAAGUCUCUGAGGUGGAGCCCUGCACUCUCAACAAAAACUGCUUUCACUAUCAUUACAACAUAACAGAUUGGAGCUCUUGCCAGCUGAGUGAUAAUGCGGUUUGUGGACAAGGGCUAAAGAUUCGCUUGCUUAAUUGUGUUCGAAGUGAUGGAAAAUCAGUCGAUAGCAAGUACUGUGAGAAGAUGGCACUGGAAUCUCCUUGGCAUUUAUCUAUGCCUUGCAUUGUGGAAUGCCCUGUAAAUUGCCAGCUGUCAGAGUGGUCACCUUGGUCUGAGUGUUCCCACACUUGUGGAUUUGAAGGUCAAAUGAAGCGUGAUAGGCGUGUACUACAAAAGACCCAGGGAGAAGGAAGACCCUGUUCCUCUCAGCUGGUUCAAUACCGGCCUUGCCUUAAUAAGCCAUGUUAUAGCUGGGAUUUUAGUGAAUGGUCUCCUUGCAAAGUUGAGGGAGCACAGUGUGGUGAUGGUUUUAAAGUGCGUAAUCUCUCUUGUAUUGUUCAUGAUGGAAGACUCCCAGGUUCAGCAAAGGUGGUGGAGAAUGAAUUGUGUGGCAACAGACCAGUUGGAAUAUCUGAUGUGUGGGGAUUAAAGAUUCCUUGUUCAGUGCCUUGUCCAGGUGACUGUCACCUAACUGAGUGGUCUACAUGGAGUUCAUGCCAGCUGAUUUGCCUGGAUGGAAAGAGAUUUGAAACAAUUGGUCGUCAAACCCGUUCCAGAGCUGUUAUUGUCCAGGCGUUGGAAAACCAGGCUAACUGUCCUGCACAAAUGUGGGAGGAGCGGCAUUGCACAGAGGGAAAUUGUCAUGAAUAUGAGUGGAGGACAAGCUCUUGGAAUGGUAAUGAACGAACUGUAUGGUGUGUUCGCUCAGAUGGUGUGAAUGUGACAGGAGGAUGCUCUCCCCGGAAUCAGCCAACUGCUACCAGACACUGCCACCCAUCCUGCACUAAACCAUAUUCCUUUUGUACACAGGGAGGUGUAUGCGGCUGUGAGAAAGGUUAUAUGGAAGUAAUGACUCCUUAUGGAUUCCUUGAUUACUGCACUAAAAUUCCUGGACGAGAGGAGAAGAAAGCUGAUGUUAAGACGAGUGUGGGGAAGAACAAGUUGGGCAAUUCAAAAUUCCAAGCAUUUUUUAAAGGAUGGUCCAUCGAACCUUUUGAUCCUGAUGGUAAACCAAAGGUCUGGGUGUAUGGAGUGUCUGCUGCUAUGGUAGUCCUCAUUAUCUUCAUUACUGUCCUUUCAUAUCUGGUCUGCAAGAAACCAAAACAGCAGACUCGUCCAGCUCCCCAGCAGAAGCCUCUGACUUUAGCCUAUGAUGGUGAUAUGGACAUGUAA